AUGACGGCAAGAAUUCGAGUUGGUGCCGUGCAGGCAGAGCCAGUCUGGCUCGACCUGAAUGGCAGCGUCGACAAGACCAUCUCGCUUAUCGAGGGUGCAGCAGCAGACGGUGUCCAGGUCCUCGGGUUUCCAGAGGUUUGGAUACCUGGAUAUCCCUGGUCAAUGUGGACCUCCAGUGUCAUCGACAACAGCCACAUCAUCCACGAAUACAUGAACAACUCGAUGGCGCGGGACUCCGAUCAGAUGAGGCGGAUCCAGGCUGCGGUGAUGAAAGCCGGCAUGUUCGUGGUGCUCGGAUACAGCGAACGAGAUGGAGGAAGUCUGUACAUGGGCCAGUCGUUCAUUUCGCCAGAGGGCGAGAUUGUCCACCAUCGCAGGAAAAUCAAACCCACCCACAUCGAGCGAACGAUUUGGGGAGAAGGCCAGGCCGAGUCGCUGAAGUGCGUCGUGCCGUCGCCAUUUGGUAAAAUCGGCGGCCUCAACUGUUGGGAGCAUCUCCAGCCUUUGCUGCGAUAUUACGAGUACUCGCAAGGUGUUCAAAUUCACGUGGCCAGCUGGCCUGCCGAAUUCGAGAUGCCGGAUCCAAAGAAGCUUGCCUGGCUGUACCACGAGACGGGGGAAGCCAGCUAUCGUGCGAGCCAGUUCAUGGCCAUCGAAGGACAGUGUUUCGUCCUCGUCGCGUCACAGGUAUUGACGGAGGAGAACCUCGAGAAGAAUAACCUGAUAGGAAACCCGGUCACAAAGGCGCCCGGCGGCGGGUUCUCCAUGAUAUUUGGGCCGGACGGAAAGCCGCUCUGCGAACCCAUCGGUGCAGGGGAAGAGGCUAUACUGAAAGCGGAUAUCAACUUGCGGGACAUUGAUUAUCCAAAAGCGUUCAUCGACGUUGUUGGUCAUUACGCUAGACCGGAUCUGUUAAGUCUGCUAGUGAAUCCAACGACGGACAAACACGUAACUAGUAUGGACAAAUAG